AUGGAUGGCCUCGAGUUCUUCUUUGAGGAAGCAGAAUCAGGAUUGGUACCCAGGGCUGAUGCGGGUGAUUCGUUGGGUGGAGGAAUCGAUGUUGUGGAGUCUGUGGUUGCUUCCAUCCAUGAAGGGCGCGGGCGCUCCUCUGAUGUGAUUUCUUCCGAGCCGAUGGAUGACAGCAAUGCCAAAGAGCAGUUGAGAGUGGUGGGGGCGAAUCUCGGGUCAUACAACAACGGUGGGAGUGAGAUCGUUGGCGACUCGAACGAUGUGAAGGCUCGGAACACUUCCUCUGCAUCAAUAGGAGAGGAGGGAGAUGCAGAAGGCGUCGUUGUCAACAAAACAAAGGCUUCCUGUUGGACUCGACGGGUAUGCAAAGUCAGGAUUGGCAACACACCAGAAGAGAGGGAUGCCAACCCAAGCAGAGUCCCUGCCCUCGAGGCUUCGAUGAGAGCUUAUGCAGAAAACAAGGGUGGCACAGUUGUUAACCCGUCGCUCGGAACUAGCUUUGACACGGUUGAAGAAGCGUAUGAGUUUUACAACCUAUAUUCCUGGGAGAUGGGGUUUGGCGUUCGGAAACAAAAUGAGGCUUACACUGUCGAUCGGGCACUUGUAGAAACGCUUGCCCUCGUUUUCGCCUUCUUUCCCACUGAUGUUGGUCUCCACCUGAACCUCGCCGCAGUCCGGGCACAUGAUGAGCGGCAAGUGCUGGUGCCUUUGACUGGAACGAACUGA